ACCAUGUAUCCGAUUAGAAGGUAUAUCAAGGGGAACAGUUUUAUAUUUACGUUGUCAAAAAGUUGAAGAAUACUUGAAAAGUUAUUUUCAAAACCAGCUAUAAAAGUUUUGACGGGAAAAUUGAAAAUAGGAAAUCGUGUUCCAUUCCGGCUUCAUUUGAACUACAAAGUAAAAUAAAUAAAUAAAAUGUAGAUUAUGUAGGGUACUUUAGUAAUUGGUUGAAAUAUAAAUGUCCUUUUAUGUCAUUUUAUAAUAAAUCUACAAUGGACCGUGGAAGGUUUGUUAGCAGUUGGGAUAUCAACAAUGGGUUUCGACGGACCAUGAAGGGAGCAUCGGGUUAGGGUUACUCCUUAAACGCUUUACAAGAUGCUAGGGCAAAAUAUCUUGUUUAGGCAUCUAUAUGGAGAACAGCUUGUCCUCAAAAUGCCCGAGUGACAUAUCCGGUUCGUGAUGGACGAAGAAGCUAAGAUGCAGACAUUUCACCUCUUAGACCUGCCCUGGGAGGAUGUACUUGUUCCACAUAUUUUGUGCUAUUUGCCACUGCAUCACCUGGUCCGACUGCAGCGUGUGAGCAAGCAGUUCCACAGCCUCAUCCAGGUGUACCUCUCCAACUGUAGGACUUUUCAUUUGUCCACGAUCGGAUCAUGCGUACCCAGAGAAGCUUUUUGCUCCAUGUUGAAGGACAAUAAAGUUCUUCAGUACCUCUCACUUCAGAACUGUUCGGAAUGGGUCACCGAUAAAGAGCUCCUGCCCGUUAUCGGACAAAACCAGCAUCUCCAGAAAGUUGAUCUGAGUAGCUGCACCUGUCUCACCCGACACUCUCUUGUGGCCGUGUCCUUGAGCUGCAUGCAUCUCCAGCACUUUGGCUUGGCGCAUUGCGAAUGGGUGGACAGCCUGUCCCUGCGCAGCCUGGCUGACCACUGCAGGGAGCUGCAGUCCAUCGACCUCACGGCCUGCCGCCAGCUGAAGGACGACGCCAUCUGUUACCUAGCCAGAAAAUGUUUAAAGUUGAAGUCUCUAUCGUUGGCAGUCAACGCCAACAUUACGGACGAGUCAGUCGAGGAGGUUGCCAAAAACUGUCGGGGCCUUGAACAGCUGGAUCUCACAGGUUGCCUGCGGGUCAGGAACCAGUCCAUCAGGACUCUUGCAGAGUAUUGCCCAAAGCUACAAUCCCUGAAGGUGAACCACUGUCACAAUGUGACAGAAUCAAGCCUCGAGUCACUGCGCAAGCGAAAUGUAGUGAUUGAUGUUGAGCCACCUCUGCAGAGAGCUCUAGUUCUUCUUCAGGAUGUACUCGGGUUCGCUCCCUUCAUCAAUCUACAGAUUUAACAGGAGGGCGCAGGUACAUUCAUUAGCAGUUUCAACAUUUUUAUGAAUACAUUUUAACAGAGCCAGAGAACAACUUUGUCAAAUCAAUAAUAAUUGGCAAUUUCCUUUUGGUACACACCUUACUUUGUGCAGGCAACGUCACAUGAACAAGUCUUGUUCCGUCUGCGGUUCACUGAACUUUAGGAACACACAUUUAUGUUGCAAAAACGAAGUACAGAAUACUUG